AUGGGGACCCUGAUUUGGUCUGAGAGUGGAGCCUUUUGCAUGCUCCUGCUCCUCUUGCUCUGCGGUGUCGGAGGGAAAUGUGAGCUUCAGGAGCCAAAACCUUCGGUGUCAAACAACCUCCUCACUGUCAAACCUGUCCAAAAUGGAUUGAAUGAGGCGCAGGCCUUUCCUGAGGAGAAGCAGGACAGCCUUCCUAUAAUUACUAUGGAUUACCCUCGGAUACAGGUCCCCUUUGAGUUUACUCUGUGGAUACUGCUGGCCUCCUUUGCCAAAAUUGGUUUCCACAUUUACCAUAAAAUCACCAUCUGGAUCCCAGAGUCCUGCCUGCUCAUUGGCAUCGGCCUCAUAGUUGGCGCAAUCAUGCACUCAGUUAAAGAGGAGCCCCCUGCUGUCCUCAGCUCCAAUGUCUUCUUCCUCUACAUGCUCCCACCCAUCGUCCUGGAAAACGGCUACUUCAUGCCCACCAGGCCGUUCUUUGAAAACAUCGGCACGGUGAUGUGGUACAGCGUGGUGGGAACUCUGUGGAACAGCAUCGGCAUCGGGAUUUCCCUCUUUGCCAUCUGCCAGUUUGAGGUGUUUGGACUUCAAGAUAUCAACCUGCAGGAGAACUUGCUGUUUGCGUCCAUCAUCUCAGCUGUAGACCCAGUGGCUGCGCUGAAUGUGUUUGAGGACAUCGGGGUGAAUGAGCAGAUUUAUAUUGUCAUAUUUGGGGAGGGACUCUUCAAUGAUGCUGUCACUGUGGCUCUGUACAGUAUUUUUUCCUUCGUGACAGACAUGUCACUCGUUGAAUCAACUGAUGUCUUCCUGGGAGUGGCCAGGUUCGUCGUGGUGGGGGUUGGAGGAGUCUUCUUCGGCAUCCUGUUUGGUUUUGUGGCAGCGUUCACCACACGUUUCACCCACAACGCCCGUCAGAUUGAGCCCCUCUUUAUCUUCAUGUACAGCUACCUGGCGUACUUGGUGGCCGAGCUGUUCUCCAUCUCCAGCGUCUUGGCCAUUAUAACGUGUGCCAUCACCAUGAAGUUCUACGUGGAGGAGAAUGUAUCUCAGAGAUCUUGCACCACCAUUCGCCACGUCAUCAAGAUGCUGGCCACCAUCUCCGAAACUCUCAUCUUCUUCUUCCUGGGCGUCGUCACCAUAACGAGUGAUCACGAGUGGAACUGGGCCUACAUCAUGUUUACACUGGUGUUCGCCUUCAUCUGGAGAGUGAUCGGUAUUCUGUUGUUGACUCAGAUCAUCAACCCCUUCCGUACAAUCCAGUUCAAUUACAAGGACCAGUUCGGCCUUUCCUAUGGAGGCCUGCGAGGGGCAAUCUGCUUUGCCCUGGUCUUCACCUUGCCCGGUCACAUAAACAGAAAGAAUCUGUUUGUCACUGCAUCGAUCGCCAUCAUUAUAUUCACUGUUGUCGUACAGGGUAUCAGCAUCCGUCCCAUCGUAGAAUAUAUAAACAUCAGGAGGACCAACAAAGACCUGAACAACAUCAAUGUAGAGGUUCACAAUAGGGUGAUGGAGCACAUUGUUAGUGGUAUUGAGGACUUGUGUGGCCAAUGGAGCCACUACUACUGGAAAGACAAGUUUAAAAAGUUCAACGAUCGUAUUUUGAGGCGCAUCUUGCUUCGAGACACCAGGGCAGAGUCCAGUAUCGUGUCUCUGUAUAAGAAACUGGAGCUGCAGACAGCCAUCGAGCUACUGGACACGCCUUUGGGAGACCUGAGUGCAGCGCCAUCUAUUGUCUCUCUGCACGAGGAGAGGAAGGCAGCGUCUCGACCGAAGAAGAAGUUCAUGGCUGCUGACGUGAGGAAAAUGCACGACAUCCUGUCAAAGAACAUGUACAAGAUCAGACAGAAGACGAUGGCUUACACCAACAAACACAACCAACCAGACAACAACCCGGCCCGGGAGAUUCUGAUCCGCAGACAUGCAAGCAUCAGACGCAGCAUGCGUGCUGGAAGUGUCCGUGAGCCUGCAGUGAACAUCCCCAAGUCACAGAAGUACUUCUCCCUGCAGCCUGGUGAAGAUCUGGAGUCUGGUUUCCUCCUCAGAAGAAGGAGUCAUGGUGGUGGUGGUGAGUUGUUCCACCUAACAGAGCAUCUCCAGGCUUCUGGUGUGUCGCCCCGCUCCUCAACCCGCUCUCAAGUGUCUAUGAGGAAGCUGAACACCAUCAGGGAGGCUGGGAGUGCAGGAGAGCAACCAGCUGCUACUGGGACGGAUGUUGUGGAUGAGAGGGGCCCUGGAAGCCUCAGAGGCAGGAAAGCACCACUUCCUGCACCUAGGAGGCACAGCUCCAAUCGAGAAGUAGGGGAAGAGCUAGUCGACUCUGAAGGAGAAGGAGAAAGAGAGGAAACUGUGCGUCCUCCUCAGCUACCACCACCUCGAGGAUGGGUGCAGGACAACCAGGAUCUCAGGGGAAAUGGGGCAGGAGACCCACUACUUAGACACUCAUCUCAGGGGCCUCGAAGUUCAGGGAGAUUAUGA